AUGAACUUGGCUGAGAUUUGUGACAAUGCAAAGAAAGGAAGAGAAUAUGCACUUCUUGGAAAUUAUGACUCAUCAAUGGUAUAUUACCAAGGGGUGAUCCAGCAGAUUCAGAGACAUUGCCAGUCAGUUAGAGACCCGGCUAUCAGAGGCAAAUGGCAACAGGUUCGGCAGGAAUUAUUGGAAGAAUAUGAACAAGUUAAAAGUAUUGUCAACACUUUGGAAAGUUUUAAAAUUGACAAGCCCCCAGAUUUCCCUGUGUCUUGUCAAGACGAACCAUUUAGAGAUCCUGCUGUUUGGCCGCCCCCUGUACCUGCAGAGCACAGAGCUCCACCUCAGAUAAGGCGUCCUAAUCGAGAAGUAAAACCUCUGAGGAAAGAAAUGCCAGGAGCAGGAGCCCGGGGACCUGUAGGUCGAGCACAUCCUAUAUCAAAGAGUGAGAAGCCUUCUACAAGUAGGGACAAGGAUUAUAGAGCAAGAGGGAGAGAUGACAAGGGAAGAAAAAAUAUGCAAGAUGGUGUGAGUGAUGGUGAAAUUCCAAAAUUUGAUGCUGCUGGAUACGAUAAAGAUCUGGUAGAAGCCCUUGAGAGAGAUAUUGUGUCCAGGAAUCUUAGCAUUCAUUGGGAUGACAUAGCAGAUUUGGAAGAAGCUAAGAAGUUGCUAAGGGAAGCUGUUGUUCUUCCCAUGUGGAUGCCUGACUUCUUCAAAGGGAUUAGAAGGCCCUGGAAGGGUGUGCUGAUGGUUGGACCCCCAGGAACUGGUAAGACCAUGCUAGCUAAAGCUGUUGCCACUGAAUGUGGCACAACGUUCUUCAACGUUUCCUCCUCUACAUUGACAUCCAAAUAUAGAGGUGAAUCUGAGAAAUUAGUCCGUCUGUUGUUUGAAAUGGCUAGAUUUUAUGCCCCCACUACAAUCUUCAUUGAUGAGAUAGAUUCCAUCUGCAGUCGAAGAGGGACCUCUGAUGAGCACGAAGCAAGUCGCAGAGUCAAGUCUGAGCUACUCAUUCAGAUGGAUGGUGUUGGAGGAGCUUUAGAGAAUGAUGAUCCUUCCAAAAUGGUUAUGGUAUUGGCUGCUACUAAUUUCCCAUGGGAUAUUGAUGAAGCUUUGCGAAGAAGAUUGGAGAAGAGAAUUUAUAUACCUCUCCCAACAGCAAAAGGAAGAACCGAGCUUCUAAAGAUCAAUCUUCGUGAGGUUGAAUUGGAUCCUGAUAUUCAACUGGAAGAUAUAGCAGAGAAGAUAGAGGGCUAUUCUGGUGCUGACAUAACUAAUGUUUGCAGGGAUGCAUCCUUAAUGGCAAUGAGACGGCGCAUCAAUGGCUUAAGUCCAGAAGAGAUCCGUGCACUUUCUAAGGAGGAGCUUCAGAUGCCUGUUACCAAAGGAGACUUUGAGUUGGCUCUUAAAAAAAUCGCCAAGUCUGUCUCUGCUGCAGACUUGGAGAAGUAUGAAAAAUGGAUGGUUGAAUUUGGAUCUGCUUGA